AUGACCUACUCCUUGACUUCUACCUUGACUUUGUUGGUUUCUAUGAUUUUCUUGAAUUUUUCCUUUCCUUUUAUAGUCAAGACUAAAGAAGUGAUAAGUUUCCUUCUUUCAAGUGAAGUUAUGCCAUUGUGCCUACAAAGUAUGCAAAUUGGCAGAGAAUUUUCAAGAACUGUUGUAACAUUUAUCGUUGAGAAAAUUCUGUCUGAUGACGAUGGUUUGGCUUAUGUUUAUGCUACACCAGACCGCUAUUAUGCAGUCGGUCGAGCUUUGGACGUGAUGUUGGGAGAUAUUGAAAAUCAGCCUUCACCUCGUCUUUUGAAGCUUAUGAUUCCGUGUUAUUCUUGCCUCACCAGAAACUCGGCGUUGUUUAACCAGAGAGCAGCUCCACCAUUUUAA